AUGGUCGUCACCACGAGGGCAGCUCUCGCUGUCCUCGCCGCCGCCGCCGCCGCCACACAGGUGCUCGCUUGGGGCCCUCGAGAGGGUCCGCAUGGCGCGCCAGGUCACUAUGGAGGCCUCCGCGUACACGAUGAGACUUUUCAACCGGACUUCUCACUGCACGUCACAUACGAAAACAUCACCGUGGGAUGCCAAUCACGCGCAUCGGUCCUGGUCAACGGAACAUUACCCGGGCCGGAGCUGCGAUUACCCGCUGGCAAGACAAGCUGGGUCCGCGUCUACAACGAUAUGGGUGGAGAUCACUGUUACAACACCACGAUGCAUUGGCACGGACUCAGCCAGCGCAUGGCACCCUUCGCAGAUGGAACACCUCAAGCAAGUCAGUGGCCGAUACCAUGCCAACACUUCUUUGACUACGAGGUCCAUCCUACGGAAGACGAGCCCGGCACUUACUUCUAUCAUUCACAUGUUGGCUUCCAAGCCGUGUCGGCGUCAGGACCUUUGAUUGUCGAGGACUGCAAACCCCUGCCUUAUCAGUAUGACGAGGAACAGGUCAUCCUUCUGAGCGACUACUUCAACGCGACCGACCACGCGAUCGAGACGGACUUGCUGUCGACACCAUUCGUGUGGCCUGGCGAGGUGAAUGCUGUGCUGAUCAAUGGAGUGGGCGUUGCCGAUGGAGAGCAAGCCGGCGACGGCAGCUGCAAGUUACCCGUCAUCAACGUAUCUCCUGGCAAGACUUACCGUCUGCGCUUCAUUGGAGGUGCGGCACUUUCCAUGGUUCAACUGGGAAUUGUCGGCCAUGACGAGUUCACGAUCAUCGAAGCCGAUGGCGCGUAUACCAAGCCUCAUACCGAGAAGUUCAUGCAAGUCUCGACCGGUCAGCGGUUCAGCGCACUCUUCAAGGCGAAAUCUCAGGCCGAACUUGGCAAUCAAACCGAUUACCUCAUCCAGUUUGAGACGAAAGACCGUCCAGCAGUUUAUCGUGGUUAUGGAGUUCUUCGCUAUCGCCCUGACGAGCCGUCAAUCACCACCGCCCCAGCCAAGCCACCGCUCACCCUUUCCAACGCCACUUAUGACUGGGCCGAGUACGCGCUGGAGCCGCUCUACGAGAACAAUUUCCCUACUGCGGACCAAGUCACUCGCCGUAUUGAAAUCGACAGUCGCCAACUCACCGAGCAGACCAUUAUCUGGCAUCUGAAUGGUUUGCAGUGGAAUGAAACUACCGUUCCAUACCCAGGUGAUCUGCCUUACUUGGUCGCCAUCUACGAGCAUGGACCUUCUGCCAUCCCCAACUACACGGCUGCACUGGCGAACAACGGCUGGGAUCCGUAUACCAAGACUUUCCCAGCCAAGAUGGGAGAGGUGCCGUAGUCCGAAACAUCACAAUACCCAUUGGCAGUUACUGACUUUCUCCUGCGCAGGUUCUCGAAAUCAUUCUGUAUAACACCGGAUCCCUUGUCAAAAACGGCGGCGCUGUCGAUUACCAUCCUUUCCACGCCCAUGGAGGUCAUUACUACGACAUCGGUAGCGGCAACGGAACCUAUAACGCCACGGCGAAUGAAAUGAAGCUCAAGGACUACCACCCCGUGAAGCGGGAUACAACCAAUCUUUACCGCUACGGAUCCAAGACGGUUUCAGGGGAACGAAUGGGAUGGCGAGCGUGGCGAUUGAGAGUCGACGAUGCUGGGGUGUGGAUGAUCCAUUGCCAUAUCUUGCAGCAUAUGAUUAUGGGCAUGCAGAGCGUGUGGGUUAUGGGUGAUUAUGAGGAUAUCACCGCCCUGCCUGCUGUAGAUGGUGAGUUCCCCCCGAGAGGAGUGAGAAAGGAUGUUUCCCUUUACUGACUGUUGAACAGCGUCUGGCUACUUCACCUUCGGUGGCAGCGUGGUUGGUAAUGCCACCCACCCCGCCGUAAUGCCGCACUACUUUGGCGAUGAUGGAAAAUAG